AUGAUUAACGAAGCCAAAUUCGAAUUACUAUAAUAAAUUGAUUAUUGGACACAAGAUUUAUAAAAAUAUUAAAAAUAACAUGCAAAAGAAAUUGAUAUAUUUUAUUUGGAAAGAUUGGCUGUAUCAUAAUAUUGAAAUUUAUUAGAUAAUAAAUAUGAAUAUAACAAAUAUGGAAUAGAUUAUAAGAAAAUAUGAGUAAUUAAAAAUGGUUUAUUUAGAAAUCACUAAUAACCAUUCUUCAAAAAAAUCUGAUGAUACAUUCAAUAAAUUAUAUAAUAAAUACUGUAAUGAAAAGAAAAGUAAAUAAUCAGUCAAUUAAUCAUAAAAGAAAUCAGUUAGCAUUAACACUACAUAAAAUAAGGUUUAUAAUUAAAAUUAAAAUCUGAAAAGCUAAAAAACAAAAGACUAAAAAAUAAAUGAUUAAUAGACAAUCAUUUAGGCAAACUAAAUCAUAGAUGAAUAUAUAGAUGAGAUUGAUUAUUAUACAGAUAAAAUCACGCAUUUACAAAACCGAAUCGAAUAGCAUUCACAUGAAGAAUUGUUAGGCUAACUAAAAUAAUUAUAAUUAGAAUAAGAGAGUUUACAAUCUGAUUAUACUGCAAUCAUAGAGGAGAAUGAAAGACUAAAAAUAGAGAUCUAAGAUAAUCAAUAGAGAGUAAAUGAAUUGAGAGAAUUAUAAUUAUAAUUGA